GACUCACAGCCUGUCAAGCUCCACAAUCAACUUGAAUCAAUGGGAGGUGAUCCAAGGGUUCUGGUUGCAACCAGUAUCAACCCCAAAAUUGUGGGAGGUCAUCUGUUUCUGAAUGCCACUUCAGGCACACGCAUAUAUUUUGACAAGGAAACCAUCGCAGGGGAGACUUCUACAGGCUGGUUGCCCAAGACACUGGGCUUGCGCCAGCAGCUCCAUUGCUUAAGGGCUACGACAAGGUGGAAUCCCUGAGCAUAGCUGAUCUCAAUGAAUUUGUCAAUUCUGCUUCCUCUCAGGAGAUUGAUUUCAUCUGCACUGAGAAGGCCACUGGUAUCAAGCUGGACAAAGGAUGGUGCUAUGUUUCUUGCUCCAACUGUACCAAGAAGCUCCAACGCACUGUCUCGCUUUCACAUGUCUGGAUUGUAAUAAUACUAAUGCUGUUGGUGUUCUGAAGACUGAUGUAUCGGGUGGAGAUGUCCAUUGCAGAUGAAACUGCUGAAGGCCUCUUUGUUUGUUUUGAUGGGGUUAUGACAAAACUGCAUAAUAUGAGACCCUAUGAAGCUUGCCAUCUUUUGGCACCUCCAUUUGUUGCAGACAUGGAGGGUAAAACCUACAAGUUCCAGGUCAAGGUCAGUGCAUACAACUUCACUGAAAACCAUCAAAUUUUUACGAUCUCCUGCAUCCUUAGUGAAGGUGACCGUAUGCCGCUCCCUCAGUUUUUUGUCAAUGGAGGUGAUGAUGACAAUGGAGACGACAACAGUGGUGCCAUCUCGGUUGGUGUUAAGGUGGAGACUGGUGGUAGCAGUCAGGUGCAAGGAUCCUCGGGAAUUAAGAAGAAGGCACGUACGGCAUAGGUGGAGAGGAUUGGAUACUUGAAGUUGUGCAGUAUUUUCCGCUUUCAGUAAUGCUUACGCAUGUGUUUUUUUAUCCAUGUUUUGUUGACCACUUAAUCUUUGAAUCUUGGUUAUUUUAUAUUUGGUUACAGACAAGCUUUAUUAAAUCUAUCACGUUUUCCA